GCGAAUCGUCCUCAAAUACUGGCACAAAUUCGAGACAACAAAUCGACAGUGUUAUCUCAAUGCAACAGCAUUCACUGCGAUGGGUUGUCUCGAUCGUCUUUGAAGUACCGCAGGCAGCACUAAUAACAACAAUUGGAGAAACGCCACCCAUUUAUAAAAGUAAUCAAGAAACGCCGAAGCCGAAAAGUUCCGCCGUCCCCUCGUGCUUCCAGACAGCUACUGCAGCCAAACAUGGCAAGGAUAAUCAACAAGAAGGCUGCUGUAGUAUGCUGCUGCGCGUUGCUCGCGGCGUUCCUCCUGCUCGGCGCCGCCCUCUCCACCGCGCUCUACUUCUUGCUGCUCCGCCCGCACCCGCCGCACGUGGUGGCAACGGCGGUGGACACGCAGCUCGGCGCCUUCAGCGUCCUCCCGCCGGCGCUCAACUUCUCCGUGGCCGUCGACGUCACCGUGCACAACCCAAGCCACGCGCCGUUCCGGUACGGCGAGGUGGUCACCGCGGUGACGUACCGCGGCGCGGCGGUGGGGCGGUCCGCCGUGCCCGCGGGGAAGAUCCCUGCGCGGUCGACGAGGACGGUCGGGGCGCGGGUGCGGGUUGACGCGGCGAGAGUCAUCCUGAGCAGGCACUACGUGGUGGACGUUGUCGCAGGCGCGCUGCCCUUCCAUGCCAAGACGGCGGUGGCGGGGAAAGCCGCGGCGCUCCGGCUGUUCAUAGUGAGUGCGGACGCCGAGGCAUCGUGCAGUGUCAUCCUGUACCCGUUCAGGAGGGAGAGCAGCUCCCACUGCACCUCCAGGGUUCGCGUCGCCUGAAUGCAUGAGGAGCCUUGCGCACGUCACGCCGGUUCUGGUGAUGCGUCUAGUCUACGUACGACUACGAGCAAGGAGCGCAGGCGACCGGGGAGCACCACAGGAAGAUGUGCAGUUUCAUUUUCCUUUUGGGAAAGAGAAGUGUGCUGCGAUCUCAGUUAACUUUGGAAUC